AUGGAACACUUAGUUUUCAUUGGUGGAGAAAUCAAUGGAUGGUUAGAUCUAUUUAAACAAGGACUACAUGGAAAACUCAAAUUUGUAACACAAAUCAAGAAGAUUAAAAGACAACAAGAAAAUAGAGAGGGCGCCGUGGUUUCUAUUUUUGGGAUGAGACUAUUAACCACAUUUCUAAUUGUAAUCUUGGGGUUUAAUUGCUUUGUGAGAAGUCAAUUUCCAGAGGCCAAAUUAGUGGGUCAUAUAUGCAAUGGUGAUAAGUAUGACAAAAGUGGCCCAUUUGCAGACAGCUUGUAUUAUGUUCUCGUAAGCUUAAGUAAUGAGACACCAAAGCAAGCUGGUUACGAUUAUCACAUUAAUGAUGCUUUAGCUUAUGGCCAUGCUACUUGCAGUUCAAAUGUAGCAUAUUCAGAAUGUGAUGCUUGUGUAAGGCUUGCAAGAGCAUACUUGAUGACUACUUGUGAUGGAAGCGUUGGAGGUCAAGUCCUAUUUGUUCAAUGUUCGAUGAGGUACGAACAAUACUCGUUUAGCUAA